AACAAAAGCAAUCUUCUGCAUCUCUUCUUGUUGUGAUUAAAACAAAUUUACCACUCUCGAUCUCAAUCUUCUAGAAAAUUAAUCUUUUGGUUUCUUCUACUUCUUGUUUCAAAAUUAGUGUAUGUUUGGGUCUUAUAUUUAUGCCCUCUCUAUAAACGGAAGGAGCAAAUCUUAGGGAGCUUUUUGGUUUCCGUCGGGGAGUCACAAAGCGUUCCGCGUCGCUCGCCUCUCAUCCACCGCCUGAACUAAAGUUUCUUUCGGGCGGUCCUCCGAUCCGCAUCCCUCCGCCCCGAUCUCCUCCAGCGAACUCUUCCCCGUCGAGCAGCAGCGACGGCACCGGUGCAGGCCCCCUUUUUCUCCUACUCGCCCACAUCCUUUGUUCUGCAGCUCCUUGCGAGUAGAGAAGCACCGCCGCGCCGCUCAGAUUUGUUGAGUUCUGACCAGUUCGUCACUGGUUUCCACUCUUGAGUUUACAGAUUUCUUUCAGUAGUAGUAGGUGAUUUGGGUGAUUAGUAGCUGCACCACCUCCUGCAAAUUGGACAAGGAACUCCAAACAGGUUAAUGCUACCUGCAAGCUGGUGAAGAAUGAGACCACUGCUACUCUUGGGUAUAGUUAUGUCGGUGCGCUAUUGGAAAGUCCAAGUGUCCACAUGGAGGUACUUGUAUUACUCACUCCUAUGGCCUACCUAGUUGUUGCCACCUUAGGGUCCCAGCGUCGCCGUUCCACAAGUUGGUUCAUCCAGAAAGGUCUCUUUGUCGCGCACACCUUGUCCUUCCCACUGGGAGCAUACACACUAGGCUCAAUGCAAUCUCACUCCGCGGCGAAGAGCUGCAUGUACUCCCUUUGGGCUGGAAGUCUCUUCAUCCUUCAUGCUUGUACCGAUACAAGCUAUAAACUCGAUGACAUCAAACAAGUAACAAGGUCUCAAUACCGCUAUUUGCUUUACUAUGCAAAUGGGUAUUUGCUUUUGAGAACCUUACUUGCGGCUGGGAAUUCAUCCUUGUAUUUUCUAGUUACCCCUUUGUACAUCAUUGCUAUGUUAAAACUAGACUUCCUAAAAGCACCAUGUGUGCUGUCAAGCAGCUCAUGGAACUUGAAUAAGAUGGUUGCUGAUUACAUGUAUAACGAGCACACCAGGGGAAAAUUUGUCCCAGCCACCAUGGAAGGUUGUCAUUACCUGGUCGACUGGCCCCUCAACAAAUCUAAGUUGGAUGCUCCAUCAUAUGCAGCACAACUUACAGGGCAUGUUGAUCAUGUCAUUGACAUAGAGAAGAUAUGGCUGUGCAGUAACCUGUCACUGGACCAAGAGCUAAAGGAUACAUGCCUCUCCUUCUCUCUUUUUCACCUGUUGAGGAGGCGCUUCUUUGGGUUUACCUGUGGCGAAUCCAAGGAAAGGGCACAUGAUUUCGUCUUCAAGGGGUUGCUAUUGGAGAAUGAGGAAGGUGUCACGGACUGCAAUCGGGUUUUCAGGGUGAUUGAGACUGAGUUAGCCUUUAUGUAUGAUUUCUUCUUCACUAAGUCUGCUGUCACUUAUUACGGAUCAAGGGUGGCGAUGAUUCUGUCCUUGCUUUCAGUUAUCUUCCUUUCUCUUACAAUAAUGUGGACAGUCAGGUCAAAAGAAGGCAAGGAGAUGACAGAUGCUGAUACUGUUAUCAGCUUAUUCGUACUUGCAUCCGCUGCUUCUCUUGAAUUGCUACAGCUGCUACUUUACUGGACUAGCAUUUGGAGCAGAGUAUCCUUUGUUUGUGGUUAUGUCAGAGAGCAAGCAAGAUGGAACACAUGGGGAGGUUGCUGGUGCUGCAUGACUAUAAGAUUGAAUGAGUUUCUUGCCAAAAUUGGUGUGCAUUGUGCACCAAACAAACACUAUUGGCAGCACAAGCUUGGGCAGUACUCAUUACUUGAUUUCAAGCCUACAUACCGUGACAAGCUGACUGGGUAUUUUAAUGCCCCUCCCACUCCUGGACACCAAAUAGGCAUCUUCCAACAAACAAACAUGUAUUUAUUUGCCAAAAAACAAACAAACACGUAUGUGCGGAUGGUCCGUGGGAAACAUGGAAAACCUACAGAGGUAUCUGCACAAGUAAAGAAGGCACUUAUUUGCUCCCUGAAGCGUAGUAAUGGUGAACUCGCGAAUGGGAAAUCGUCCUUAGUGUCCAAUGAAGCAGGACACCUUUCAUGGGCUUGUGCACGGGACUUGCACUCGAUGUCAGACACAAGCUGCAUCAUCAUGACUUGGCACAUUGCGACCUGGUACUGUGAGAUGGGAACAACUAGGUAUGGCUCUUCUUACCUAGACGAGGGAGCACAACUCAAGACCAAUCUUGGUGUCGCCACAAAACUGUCAAAAUACUGUGCAUACUUGGUGGUCCACGCACCAAAGCUUCUUCCUGGGCACCACUACGAUACAAGCCGUGUGUUCGAUGCCGUCGCGGUAGAAGCCAACAAGUUUCUGCUGCCAUCUAUGAGGAGGAGGGCUAAGUAUGAGGCGCUGAGGAACUACGGGCUAGAAGAAUCAGAGGCUACCAUCUUCCAGAGCGGCGCCAAGCUGGGGAAGCAGCUCGAGGAGAUACAAGAUGUUACCAGGCGCUGGAAGGUCCUAGCUGAUUUCUGGUCAGAGAUGAUGCUCUACGUCGCACCAUCAGAUGAUGUCAAUGAGCACAUUGAUCAGCUCACGCGGGGCGGCGAGCUCAUCACCCACCUGUGGGCUUUGCUCUCCCAUGCUGGAAUUCUGCAGAGGGAUCAACCGGGUACUCCUCCUAGCCGCCAUCCACAUGCAGAAAGUACUUGUUCCAGUCACCAGGAAAUUUUUGAGCAAGCUGCAGCAAGAUAUGAAGGAGCUACCACUACCCUGGCUGAUCAUUUAGCAACUACAUCCCCUGCUCGACAUUUGGCCGACAAUCCGCAAAUGAGUGGCGCUACCCUGCAAGAUGUUCUUAAAGCUGAUAGACUGCCACAGGCACCUGUGCUGCCGGAUAUCGCUAAAUCAAUUGAUUGCCAUAUUGAUGUUCCUGAAGAUUCUAUCCACACGCGGGAAAGCCGUCCCUGAACUAGUGCGAUCAACUCACUUCAACGACAAGCUUUAUUACUCAGUCCGUUUGAUGCCGUAAGUUGUACGAGUGCAUGCUUUGGUCAGUUACUCGGCCUGUACCUGUUGCCUUCAGUUAUUUUUCAGCAUGUUUUCAAUUUUCAACCUGUAAUUUUCUUUAGAUCGAAACAACCUAUGUAAUUUCAAUGCUUUCUCUCAUGUAAAUGCCAUGUGCAUGUAGUACGUGUUAAUAUUAUUACGGUGGUCUGUGAAA